ACCCCCUCACACGGCGCGACCGACUCCGGCCAUGUCUGUGCUCCUGGAAACGUCACUGGGCGACAUUACCAUCGAUCUGCUGGUCGACGACGCGCCCAAAUGCUGUGAGAACUUCCUCAAGCUCUGCAAAAUCAAGUAUUACAACUUCGCGCCGGUCCACAACGUCCAGCCAAAUUUCUCCUUCCAAACCGGCGAUCCUAUUGGCCCUGGCUCCCAGGACAGCGAUGGCGGCCGCUCCAUCUGGGGCGCGCUCGACCCCGCAAACGCGACGAAGAAAACCUUCAGGCCCGAGUUUGCGCGCAAGUUGAAGCAUGCGGAGAUGGGCACCGUUAGCAUGGCCACGGCGCCCGCCCCGGACAACCCAGACGAGCGGUUUGCGGGGAGUCAGUUUAUUGUCACGCUCGGCUCCAACAUCGAUUUCUUGGAUGGUAAAGCUGCCAUAUUUGGCCAGGUCGUGGAAGGUUUUGAUACGCUCGAGAAAAUAAACGCCGCGUUCAUUGACGACAAGGGUCGGCCACUGAAGGACAUUCGCAUCCUGCAUACCGUCAUUCUCGACGAUCCAUAUGAUGACCCAGAGGGCGUCGUGGAACCUCCAGAGAGCCCCGUGCCCUCCGCGGCCCAGCUUGCGACAGUACGUGUCGGCUACGAUGAGGAGUUGGAAGAAGAGAAGGACCCAGAAGCGCUCGAGCGUGUCCGCCGAGAACGCGAAGCGCGAGCACAGGCGCUCACGCUCGAAAUGGUUGGCGAUCUCCCGUUCGCGGAAGUCGCGCCGCCGGAGAACGUGCUGUUCGUGUGCAAACUUAAUCCUGUGACGCAAGACGAAGAUCUUGAGCUUAUCUUCUCACGGUUCGGCAAGAUCCUAAGCUGCGAGAUUAUCCGGGACAAGCGGACUGGGGAUAGUCUGCAGUACGCGUUCAUAGAGUACACGAACCAGAAAGAUUGCGAACAGGCAUACUUCAAGAUGGAUGGCGUUUUGAUUGAUGAUCACCGCAUCCACGUCGACUUCUCGCAGAGCGUCUCCAAGAUUGCCGACGAUUGGCGGGACAGCACGAACAAGAAGCGAAGAAGAGCAGCCGGUGGUGGCUUCGGCGGCAUCAGCAACCUGGAGAGGAAGAAGCAGUACCGCGGCGAGUCUGCUCGGGAAAUCGUGAGUGAUUCGGUAGUCGAUAAGCUCAUCAUAGAUCGGGGAACCUCGAAAAGGGACACAGAUGACCGCCCGCGGUACCCAGACUCCCGCGGAAAUGGAAUUUCGCGCGAUGGGAAUGACUCUCGGAGGGACGAUGGUCGCCGACGAGAGCGGAGGGAGGCCUACCAUGACGACCGCUGGAAACGUGACCGCAGUCGAAGUCCAAGACGCGAGCGCCGCGAUCGCGAUGCAGGCGGGCGGUACGAAAAUCCUCGACAAGAGCGCAGCCGCAGCCGGGAUCGCUAUCGGGACAGCCGAAGGGAAAGAAGUCGUGACCGGUACAGGAGGGAUGAUAGGGAUGAGCGGCGGCGUCGAGACUGAUCCAAGUUCUG